GUACCUUUAGCGUCACGAUGCCAGAGUUUAUCCUCGAUCUUGCGAUAUAACUCACAUAAGCGUGAUCAAGGAAAGUAUGCCACACGGCACAUCUCACACAACCGCCGCCUGCACCUUGUAAAGUUAGAAAAUGAGUUGCGCGUUAUCAGAGGAAGAACUUGCAGCAUUAGAAGCGGAGGCGGCCGAACGCCGCGCUGCGGCAUCAGGUGGUUGCGGGCAUGCGGCGCCCUGCGAGAAGUCAACUUGCCAGGACAGAGGAAAUUGCGAUACCGCCGUGCGUCGUAAUGCUGAAAGCCAGGGGACACAUGGUGACGGUUCCUGGGCCCGCGGAGGAGUGCGGGCUGAAUACUCGAAAUGCAUGAAGUGCAAGACUGCUAACGCCGUGGUGCUUGUCCGCCAACGUGAGCCCCUCUGCAAAACGUGCCUUGAGACUGGCAUCUCGGGAAAGGUGCGUGCGCUCAAGUCACACAAGCUGAUGCAGCCGCGGGAUCACAUCGCGAUCGCAUUCUCCGGAGGUUCCUCCUCUCAGGCCCUGCUGUGCAACGUCCUCCCCAUGCGCAAGCAUGCUGCCACACCCCGCAAGGAAAGAGGCAAGAUUGAGUUUGACCUGACGGUCAUCCACAUCAACGAGGCUGCUGCGUUCGGACUCAGCCCCCAGGCGGCGGAGGCGCAUGCACGUGCCGUACUGGCGGCGGCGCAGCAGUGCGGCGCCACCCCGCCCGCCGCCACCGUCCUGGUGCUGCCGCUGUCGGACGUGUUCCUGCUGCCGCCCUUUGCGGCGGCGGGUGAGCCCUCGGCGGGCCGAGGCAAUGGCAACAGCAGCAGCAGUGGCAGCCGCAGCGGUGGGGGUUGCUCAGUCAGCCAGCCACAGGAGGAGGCGCGGCGGCAGCGGCAGCAGGAGGGUGAGGAGACGGCUCAGCAGGAGCAGGAGCAGCAGGAGGGGCGGAGAGGCCAGGCGGAGGCGCUGCGCGAAGGAGGGGAGGCGGUGUCAGAUGGGGUUGAGCAGGACGGUCAGGGUGGCAGCAGCAGCAGCGGGACGGAGGCGCGGGAUGCUCAGCUGCGGGCGCUGUUGCAGGCUGUCCCCGACCCCACGGGCCGCGAGGACCUGGUGCGGCUGCUGCGGGGUCGGCUGCUUGCGGGCACCGCCGGCCGGCUGGGCGCCACCAAGCUGCUGCGGGCGGACAGCGGCACCGCCCUGGCAGCGCGGGUCAUUGCGGACACAGCCAAGGGUCGCGGCUACUCGCUGCCGGGGGACAUCCAGCUGGUGGACGCGCGCGGGGCGGUGGGG